GGGUCAUUCCGUAGUUAACCCCUGCUUUAGGGGCAAACAUUGCCUCUUGUAAUCCUAUUUGCUUUUCCGCGCUUUUGACUAUGCUGCCGCUUUGCUCCAUCCCAUCAAACCUCCAGACGCUCUCCGAUACUCCGAUGAGAAUCGCAGUACCAAGUUGCCCAAUUCCAUUCGAAUAAUCCCCGAAUUAUAUCCGAAUUCCAUGUUCUUACCCUCAAAUCCACCUUCUUUCUCUCGAUCGAUCGAUUUAACUCACCUACUAGGGUUUCUAAAUCCCCCAAAUUCUUAGAGAUUGUUCGAUUGUGCCGAUCAGAAUCGGCGUUAGGGUUUUGGUUCCGUUCGAGUUAAGUAACAUGAAAAUCGAAGAGUUGGACGAGGUUGAAUCCGAUGGAAGGAGCUACUGUCAGGACCGGACUUUUGGGAUACAGAUCGUUCGGGUCGAUGCCAAGAGAGCGCUAGUCGGAGCCGGGGCUCGGAUCCUGUUUUACCCGACCCUUCUCUACAAUGUUUUCAGGAACAAGGUUCAAGCGGAGUUCAGAUGGUGGGACGAAAUCGAUCAGUAUCUUCUGCUGGGUGCGGUUCCAUUCCCGAAGGAUGUUCCCCGCUUGAAGCAGCUCGGUGUUGGAGGUGUAAUAACCCUCAACGAACCUUAUGAAACAUUGGUCCCUACAUCCUUGUACCAUGCCCAUGGGAUCGAUCAUCUGGUCAUACCCACUAGAGACUAUCUUUUUGCUCCUUCAUUUGUUGACAUUGAUCGAGCUGUGGAUUUUAUUCACCAGAAUGCAUCUUGUGGGAAAACUACAUACGUCCACUGCAAAGCUGGGCGAGGAAGAAGCACAACCAUUGUGCUUUGCUACCUUGUGGUGUUUAAAGACAUGUCUCCUGCUUCUGCGCUGGAAUAUGUGCGCUCUAAAAGACCCCGAGUGCUAUUGGCUCCUUCACAGUGGAAGGCAGUCCAGGAAUACAAGCAGCGCAGAUUAGCAUCCACGGGAUACUCUCCCUCCGUGGAUGCAGUUCUGAUCACGAAAGCAGAUUUGGAAGGCUACCAUAGCUCAUGUGACGAUGAUGGCAGUAAGGAGCUGGCAAUUGUCGCCAGAGUAGCGAGGUCGAGCCCAAUGAUAGCAAGGCUGUCCUGCCUGUUUGCAUCUUUGAGAGUUUCUGGCGGCUGUGGACCUGUUCCAAGGCAGCUGACAGAGGCGCGUGCUUGCUAAGUGCGCCAACGGUAUUCGGGGUUGCCUGUACAGUGCAGAGAAGCGUUAUGGAAGUAACAUGGAAGAGUAAUUCGUUUCCAUGUUGUCUUGAGGGAGAGGAAUUUGAAGAAUAAUGAUAAAGAGGAGAGAUUUGAGUAGUUUUUCAAUCUUGUGUAAUAUUACUAGUAAAAUUACAGUUCUGCCUGUACAGAAGUCUUGCAUUAGUUUCUGACAUAUGAACCCCGUGUUGAUGGUGUCGCUUGUCAAUGUCUGCCCCUUUUACCAUUGCUUGCAGGUCAUGUCAUGGCCAUCCUCAUGCUCCGAACAACACUAGCUACUAAGCUGCAAAUAGAUUAGCUUGUUAUAAUCAACAAUGAUAUUCUGUUGGA